UGCAGUUGAACGGCGCAUUCGGUGAGAGGUUGAAACGGCAGUCGUGCCUGCUCGUCGGCGAACCUCUCCCGCACUCAAAUCCGCAUCUACGUUUGAGUUUUUAUCCUAUAAAUCUCGUAGCUCGAAGGCACAGAAGCAAACUCGCAGUGUUGACGCGUACUCGGAUUUAGCCACGAACUAGGACAAACACAGAGGAGUGAGAAAUGGCAACGACAACCUGUACGCGCUUUACCGACGAGUACCAGCUUUAUGAAGAACUUGGAAAGGGGGCCUUCUCAGUUGUGCGCCGUUGUGUCAAGCUGUGCACAGGCCAAGAGUAUGCUGCCAAAAUCAUCAACACCAAAAAGCUCUCAGCAAGAGAUCACCAGAAGCUCGAACGAGAAGCCCGUAUCUGCCGUCUGCUCAAGCAUCCCAAUAUCGUUCGGCUCCAUGACAGUAUAUCAGAGGAGGGUUUCCAUUACCUCUUAUUUGACCUUGUGACGGGUGGAGAGCUGUUUGAGGAUAUUGUUGCCAGAGAAUAUUACAGUGAAGCUGACGCCAGUCACUGCAUCCAGCAGAUCCUGGAGGCGGUGCUUCAUUGCCAUCAAAUGGGCGUGGUGCACCGAGAUCUCAAGCCGGAGAACCUGCUCCUGGCCAGUAAAUGUAAGAACGCUGCCGUCAAGCUGGCCGACUUUGGACUGGCCAUUGAAGUGCAAGGAGACCAACAGGCCUGGUUUGGGUUUGCUGGUACGCCAGGUUACCUUUCUCCAGAAGUGCUAAGAAAGGAGGCUUAUGGGAAACCUGUGGACAUUUGGGCAUGUGGAGUCAUCCUAUAUAUUCUUCUGGUGGGUUAUCCUCCAUUUUGGGAUGAAGACCAGCACAAACUCUACCAACAGAUCAAAGCCGGGGCUUAUGACUUUCCCUCCCCAGAAUGGGACACAGUGACACCUGAAGCCAAAAACCUCAUCAAUCAGAUGCUCACCAUCAAUCCAGCCAAGAGAAUCACGGCCCAAGAGGCCCUGAAACACCCAUGGGUCUGCCAACGAUCCACUGUGGCCUCCAUGAUGCACAGACAGGAAACGGUCGAGUGCCUGAAGAAGUUCAAUGCGAGGAGGAAACUCAAGGGUGCAAUUUUGACCACCAUGCUGGUGUCGCGAAAUUUCUCCGUGGGUAGGCAGACAACAGCACCCUCCACCGUCUCCGCGGCCGUCGCCGCAGCCGCAGCGGCCGGUACCACCACAAGUCUGGUGGAACAAGCAGCCAAGAGCCUGCUCAACAAGAAGGCCGAUGUCAAGAAACGGAAAUCCAGCUCCACCGUUCAGUACAUGCCACAGUCAAACAGCACGAAAAACAACAUAGUCACCAGUCCCAAAGGCACCGUCCCUUCUCCUGCGCUGGAGCCUCAGACCACUGUUAUCCAUAACCCAGUGGAUGGGAUCAAGGAAUCUUCGGACAGCAGCAACACCACAAUUGAGGAUGAAGAUGUCAAAGGAAAAAGCCUAGAUAGUGGUUCAAUUAAAGCCCCUUCUGAAGUUAGCCAAUCACCUCCGGGCUCCGGCCCUGCCAUCUUCUCCACAAAGCUGACCGACAUCCUGGGCUGUGCACGCAGGGGCUCGGGACCCUCAGCUGCGCCUGAGAGCGAAGCAGCCGCCCUCUCCACACCCUCUCCUCCACACACCCCUGUCAUGCAAACCCGGUUCACAGAUCUGGUGAGCUGUGUGGGCCGCGUACCUGCCCCACAACCUCAGGCGGAGUCGACAUCUUUUCGAACCUCUAUCCCCCCUCCCCAGCCCUCAUCACCCCCAAACCUGCCCCCCUCUGUGUCUGUGCAGACACGCAAGCAGGAAAUCAUCAAGAUCACAGAACAGCUGAUAGAAGCCAUCAACAAUGGGGACUUUGAGGCCUAUGCGAAAAUCUGUGACCCUGGACUGACCUCCUUUGAACCCGAGGCUUUGGGGAACUUGGUUGAAGGAAUGGACUUCCAUAGAUUCUACUUCGAGAACUUGCUUGCGAAGAACAGUAAGCCCAUCCACACCACCAUCCUGAACCCUCACGUGCACCUGAUCGGAGAAGAUGCUGCCUGCAUCGCAUACAUACGCCUCACCCAGUUCGUGGACGGGCAAGGCCGGCCGCGCAGCAGCCAAUCCGAGGAAACUCGGGUGUGGCAUCGUCGUGACUCCAAAUGGCAGAACGUUCACUUUCACUGCUCUGGUGCGCCAGCCGCCCCUCUCCAGUGAAGAGUGGCCCUGCAAUGAAUAUAUUAGAUGUGAGCGCCCCUCACGGAGGUGAAGGACAGGGAGGACUAAUAGGACGGCAGCGGGGGUCCAGUAUCGGAGCGUUCCGAAAUCUCCAACUCUGGACACAACCAUCCUCCCCUGCAUGCAAACCAACAGUUACCACUCUACCUGCUGGGCUGCUCUCGAUAAAGCAUCCAGACAACCCCUUAUUGCUAGAACAUCCUAUACCAUUCUGACUCCAACACAACCGAGCACGCAACGUAUACACCCCAAACCCUUUUACACCCAAUCAGCUGUAUGCCAAGUCUUAUUAACGACUGCAUCAAUCAUCGAGAGCAAUUAAAGACUCCAGGUUCCCACCUAGAGUUAGAACCUUAUGUUAUAACCACUUCUAGAAGUUGCACGAUUGCCUUUUUCCCCACAAUCCCUUCACUCUCCUUCUGCCUCCCAAGUAGAUCAUGUUUUAAUAAAAUAUUAUUAUAAUUAUUGAAUUUAUUAUUAUGAUUAUUAAUUCUUUAAGGAUCAUAAGUUUUGCUGUUGUUCUAUUGAGAUUGUAUAUUUGAUGGUCAAAUUUCUGAUGUUGGUGGUAACACUGUUUUGUUUUGAUUUGGUUUCUCUCUUUUUUAAAAGCAUGAAUUAAGAGUAUUAUUGAUUUUUUUUUGUUUUGUUUUUUUUUGUUUUUUUGUGGUUGAGUAAGUUUAAGUUUAUUUUGCCAGCACUGUACAGGUUAAAGUUCAUAUCUCACUAAUUACAUGACCUGACCUUUGGUCGCCACAGCAGUUUUAAGAUUCUGUGUGGUGACCAUAUUUUCUGGUACCAUGAUCAGUGUUUGUAUUAUCAGGGUGCUGUUUUUAAAUCACUUCAUGGUCAUCAUUGACUUUAGUGAUGUGUUUUCCCAUCAGAGCUUUGUGUGGCACUGAGAUUUGGUUCAUUCUGGUUUAUCUGCAGGCUACCAAGUUGAACUUCCAUGAAACUGAGCUCUCUCUCUCUAAAUCAGAGCAUAAUCUAAUUUAGAAUAAUACAGUUCACUGUCUCUGUGGUGACCAGCACAUUUUAUUUCUCCACAAUUUGGAAUACCCAAUUCCCAAUGCGCUCUAAGUCCUCGUGGUGCCGUAGUAACUCGCCUCAAUCCGGGUGGCGGAGGACGAAUCUCAGUUGCCUCUGCAUCUGAGACCGUCAAUGCGUGCAUCUUAUCACGUGGCUUGUUGAGCGCGUUACCACGGAGACAUAGCGCGUGUGGAGGCUCAUGCUUUUCUCUGCGGCAUCCAUGCACAACUCACCAUGCGCCCCACCGAGAGCGAACCACAUUAUAGCGACCACGAGGAGGUUACCCCAUGUGACUCUACCCUUCCUAGCAACCGGGCCAAUUUGGUUGCUUAGGAGACCUGGCUGGAGUCACUCAGCACGCCCUGGAUUCGAACUCGUGACUCCAUGGGUGGUAGUCAGCGUCUUUACUCGCCGAGCAACCCAGGCCCCCGGAAGUGUCUGUAUUGAUAAUCAGUGGUGAUCUGGUUUUGUUUCUAUGUCAAAUGUUUCGCUGAGUUAUGAUAAAAGUUUCUGAAUAAAUAGUCUGUGAGAGGGAUUGUAGGGGGUGUAUGGGGGUGAAUCUCAUGAAAUCUGUCAAGAGCAUUUCCAGGUCAUAUUUUACCAUAGAAUUGAAAGAAAAGAAAAAAAUCUGUUUUUAAUUUUGACUUUUGACUGAAAAUUAAGCCAUUUGAAUGUUAAUCCCCAUGUAGAAUAAUAGGAAUUACACAUAAAAACAAAAGCUUUGUGAGGUAGCUUAAUUGUCAUAAAAAUAAUGCAAGAAUAAUAAAGAAAUAAUGGCCCUAAAAUUAUUUAUGCAAAAAAUGUUGUUUUAUAUUAUAUUUUAUUUUAUUUAUUUAUUUUGUGGUGAAAUGUGACCUGGACAUUGUGAGAUUCAAGCACGUGUUUGUAGUUAUACUGUUAAUUACACUGUAAAGAGAGAAUAAAGUUUGUGGAAAGUAAUUAUCUAUUAAGUGAAAUUGGCUUGUCUUUGAUGAAUCUUGUAGGUCUAAGGAGAUAAGAGUUGUGAAAGAGAAUACUGCAAGUUAUGUCGAUUUAUAAGAGCCUUUAUUCAAAAUUACUAGGAAAUGUACUGCUAUGUGCUGGCCAAGUGUGUUCGCAAAGAACAGUGAGAUUUAAAUAGCCAUUCUGGUUACCACAGUGAUCAGCACCUUGUAAAUUCGCUUUAAUGAAACUCGUACAGAAGUUUGAGAGAAUUUUCAAAUUUUGUCACAGAAAUAUUGUAUUUCACCUUACUCAGGCGCCUAACGCUUUCAUUCUUUGUUUUUCUGUAUGUGCAGGUUUUUAGCCUUUUUUUGUAUGUCAUUUAUGUGGUUUAAGAGGGUUUGUUAUCUUUGUGUUUUUUACCCUUUCUUAGCAUGAGUGUGUGUGUGCGUGUGCGUAUGUGUUACAAUGCGAUGGCACUGAUAUCCUUAAUGUGAAAGCAUAGUCACUAAAUAAGUGUUGAACGCCAUAACGCACAGUCGUCUUUGAGCAAGAAUUUACAGCAGAUUUGAAAGGAUCAACAGAUGUUUUCUGUUGUUGUUAUUGUUUUUUUAAUUGUGUACUUUACACUUGAAGGGAUAGUUCUCCUAAAAAUGAAAACUCUGGCAUCAUUUACUCACCCUCAUGUUGUUCCAAACCUGUAUGACUUUUCUUUCUUACAUUGAACACAAAAGGAGAUGUUUGGUAGUAUGUUAGCCUCAGUCAACAUUCUCUUUCAUUGCAUCUUUUUUCCAUACAAUGGAAGUGAAUGGCGACUGAGGCUGUCAUUUUGCCUUAAAUAUCUUUUUGUGUUCCUCAGAAGAAAGAAAGUUGUACAGGUUUGGAACAAUGAUGACAGAAUUUCAUCUUUGGGCAUGCACUAUCCUUUUAAACUGAAGAAGAAUAUACAGCUUGACUGUAGGGUGCUUCCUUACAACUGGUACUGUUUGUUAUUGACGUCAAAAGAUUUUUCUCAGAAAAGCAUCCUACUGAAUGUGGACUUUUGCCUUGCAAGUCACAUGACCUUUGUUGAGGCAGUUCAUUGGACGGCGGUUUGUGUUUUGUUUUGCGUUUCAUUGUACUCUGAAGUUUGACCUUUAUUUUUGUUGUUUGCUUUAAUGAACCCAGAGUUUCUGUCAUAGGAGAAACUCAAUGUAAAUGGUAAUGAAUGCAACACCCCCCUAAACAGAAAUCCGAGCCGCAUGUCAACAAACCGGUGUUGUUUCUUUCUUAUAUGUGUGUUUGAUAUUGCAAUUAAUAACUUAAAAGUACAACAGAACAACACAUAGAUAUCUUGUAAAACUACUGCUACAUAGUGUUAACUUAUUAUAAGUGGCGAUUUUUUGCAUGAACUUCAACUUUACAAUAAUACAUUUUGGUGAUUUUUGUUUCAUUCUGUUUGUUUUUUACUGAAUGCCAGUGACUAUCUAUUUUCUGAGCUUUGUAAGUGCAUAUAACUAUUUUUGUCUAAAGAUGAUGAUGAUGACAAUUACUAUUAAUGAUAAUGACUAUCAUGGUAAAACUUAUAAUUAUUAUGAUUGUAUGGUAUGCUUUUGUAAUGGCAUUUGUUGUUUGAGCAGUGCUGGUUGAGCCCAUAUAAAAUGUGAAUUAUUGAAAAAUGUGUUUAUUAGCGUGAGUCAAACACAGUCACACUAGAUCAUAUUAUGCAUGUGUUUUUAUUACGGAAUGGAUUCUUUGGCUGCCAAUCUACAAAAAGGACCUCAAAUAAUGUCUGUUUUCAAUGUAAAAACCUCUUGCCAAUAUGCGCAUUAGCUCGGUAUGUUCAUAAUUUGAUCAAUUACCCAUAUUGUGCUUUGCUUAAAUACUGUAUAGAGAAAAAUCCCAAUAGAGUGCACUCUUUGCAACAGACAAAAGUGAAUUUUCCAGUUCAAGUAUGCAUAAUAUCAUGAGAUCCCCAAGAAUUCAACAAAGUGAAAUGUUAAAAUGCACGUUUGCUCUCACUUUUCUGCUUAAAUGGAAAUGCAAUCUUCUUGAAAGACCAUGCACUAAUAAAUAGUGUCAUGCCAUGUUUGAUUAAUUAAACCUAAACAAGUAUCGAUGUUUAUACACUGAAUUACCAUAAAACAGUGGUUCUUCCUAAUAUCAUCUGGGUUAUUACAGUAAUGAGUGAUGUAAUCUAAUCAGGCCAAUAAUGGGAUUCUGGUGUGUGUAUGUCUGAGUGUGUACACAACUGUGAGAGAGCAAAUCAUCGUUGUUUCUGUAGUCGUGACACAUGCUGCUCUUACAACAUCAAGCCAAUAUCUGGUAUUUGUAGUGUUCACAUUUUCUCCCAAUGUACUUUUUUAUCUUUUGCUUAAAUUUGAUGGCUAUACAUUUCUCUAGAGAUGAGCCUUCCAACUUUGCAGAGUUUUAUAAUCUCAGAUCCUGCAAUGAGGUGAUGUGGGUUUUAUUCAGUUAGAUUAUCAUAAUUCUUUCAUUUCUCUUUACUCUUCUCAUAUCUGUUCUUCCAGUGUGCUAUCCCUCUUUUCUCUAUAUGUGUUCUAUAGGAGAUGUACUAAGAUGUUAUCAGUAUUAUCAAUAAAAUGACUUUGUCAAAACCA